CAUCCACAGAUAUUCAGAUUCAUAACCUGUUGGUUUUGAUUCUGAAACUAAAUUACAAUUAUUAUCCAAUUGCAUACCCAGUAGAUUGAUAAGCUGCUCAGGAGGUGUUGUCGGCUUGCUGCUUUCGGAGCUUUGUUCUGAGCAGAUAAGUUGAUCACACCUCGACAACAUGCCGUAUUAUGUUCAUAGACUUUAUAGGUUAUGCAAUACAUCCCUUUCAUCUGAUGGACCUGUGUCUGACGAAGCUAUUGAAAAAGUUCGCGAGAAGUUAGAAAAAAUCAAGCCAUCAGAUGUUGGUCUUGAACAGGAGGCACAAGCGGUUAGGAACUGGUCUGGAGCAAUGCUUGAGCGUAAUGGGGGCAUUCAACCAUUACCUCCAAUCAAAUACUUGCAUUUACAUGAGUCCAACAGCUUCUCUAUAGGAAUUUUCUGCAUGCCCCCUUCAUCUAUUAUUCCUCUGCAUAAUCAUCCCGGAAUGACAGUGUUCAGCAAGCUCUUAUAUGGAUCAAUGCAUGUUAAAUGGUAUGACUGGAUCGAUCCCUCUACCCCAAAUGAUCCAGCUGAAGGACAAGUAUCAAUUAAAUAACAGAACAAAAAUUCAGCUAUGAGUGAUGAUGUUCUUGCACUUGGAAAUAAGACUGCCAUCAGCGGCACAAGAGGAAGUCUCCAAGUAACUCCGAGGACAAAAAUGAAAGAGAUGACAGAGGAUUUCAAGUGGAAUCACGUGAGAAGGAUUGAGGCCAUUUGCUAUUCGUUCAGAUACCACAUAGCAUUGAUCUCCAACAAGGCCGACGAGAUUCCGGAGAGCAGUCACAAACAGCGUCCACCUUCAAAGGAGUAGCGCCCAACCUCAAACAAACAGAAAAAGAGGAGAAUCGAAAUAAUUGAUAAAAUUGUAAUCGAAUUUAUGUAUUCUGUUGGAUUGAAUUUGUGGGUCACGAGACUUCUUUAUUCUUGUCAUGGGCUAAGGUGGAAGAGUAAUUUAAUACGCCUCCGAUGGAAGAUGCCAAUGAAAUUAUUGAGAAAAGCGGGUCUGACGUGGUGACACGGAGGAAGAUGCGUGCGGCGGAGCUUGACCUGCUGGCGGUAAAAAUAUAAAAGGAGAUGCUAUGCUUGAGCAGCGAUCUUCAAAAAAUGCGUAUGGCGGAGCUUGAGCUGCCGGCGACAAAAAUAUAAAAGGAGAGCGCAAUAAGAUUGGUCUUCAGAGGGGGUGCAUAUGGCGCAAUAAGAUUGGUAAGGGCGCGUAGAGCGCAAUAAAAGAGGGCGCGUGCAAUAAGAGUGCAUAUGAAACUGCUAAAAUAGAUGCAGAUUGAAUUUGCUAAAAUAGAAUGCAGACGAAACUCUCGGAAGAAGGUGCAGAUGAAACUGCCGGAAGAAGGCAGGCCUAUUCCAUGAAUGAUAGUUGUUUCCUGUUAGAACAGGUGUAACCAAGACUGAUGUUAGAUUUUUACUUGGAUGGAUGUAAUAGAGAUUGGUUCUGAGCUGAAUUGAAAGAUUGAUUAUUCAUCAGGUUGAAAAAGAAGUAGGAUGAUUUCUCGCCGGAAAGAUGAUAGCUUAUGUAUCCUCUUCAAGGAGCAUACCAAGGCUCUGAUACCAUGAUAAAAUUGUGAAAGAAUAGAAAAAGAAAAGAUGAAGAAAUUUUAUUAAUUGUUGAUUGAUUGAAUUGUAUUGAAGUGUGUUGCCGUAUUUAUCUUCGUAGCGAGGCAUUGUUGAUUCGUUAUAUCUCCGAGGAAGAA